UAAACGUCAACGACGUGUUUUCUUGGUGGCGCAGCUGCUACGAGCGCCGCGUUUCCUCAUCCGACGCAUCAUCGAUCCGCACAGCCGGCCAUAACCUCAGUGCGAUUUCAACGAGCACGUCACUAUUCUCGCGUUUUCCUUUUCUUCCACGUCUCUCGUAAACCUUUUCCCCGUCGUCGAAUCCUUCAAGUUGGGAAAAUAAGGAAAAAAAAAAAAAAAAAAAAAAAAUAGAUAAGAAAGAGGAAAAAAGUUACAAAAAAAAAAAGAAGAAGAAGAAGAGAAACCAACAAUUUUCGAAGAAACAUUUCUGUCUUCGUUUUUGUUCGUUAAGUGAGAGUGAGAGAGAGAGAGAGAGAGAGAGAGAGGGUGAAAGAGAGUAAAUUUCAUCGAUAGAAAGAAACGAAAAUAUAUUUCUAUCUUCUUUUUUAAAUCCCUUUUAUCCCCUACCCCACCCCAUCCCACUUUACCCUACGUUCGAUCAUUGACAAUCAUCAGGAAGUCAACUGCAGUAAUAUUCUGGAUCACAGUGAGAGGGAAAACGUCUAGAGGGAUCUAUUGUAAUUAUAUAUUCUAAGGAAGGAAAGGAACAUUAAUGGCAGCUAAAUCGGACGUUAUAUAUGAUCAAUUGCAAUACGAUUGGGAAGAUCGUCGAACGAGUUAAUGAUCACGAUAAAAACGAGACAGCCAGCGAAGAGAAGUGAAAAGAAGAAGAAAAAGAAGAAGAAGAGGAAGAAGGAGGUGGUGGUCGUGUUGGUGGUGGUGGUGGUGGUAGUAAUAGUAGUAGUAGUGAAAGAAAAGGAAGAAGCACGAAUGAUCGUAUCUCAUCUAGAACGAGCGCAUCGGCAGCGCAUGCAUCGACAUACAAUUCUCAAAGAAAACAACGCCGAUCGUCGACGUUCAACGUCGUCGUCGAUAACUAAGAAAGAAUCGACGACGAACGGUGGUGGUCCGAUACGUUGAAAGAAAAAAGGAACAUGGACAAAAACGAUUUUCUUGUUAAUCUUCAUUAUUUACCUAUCAUACUAUUCGUUUCCUUGCCGGCGGUGUUCGUUCUCACAUAUGUCAUAGCUGUAUUAUCUGAUCACGUGGAAGCAGGAUUUCCUUAUAUUUCCGACGUUGCUACCUCAGCACCAGAAAGUUGCAUAUUUGCUCAAUUUAUGAACAUGAUAGCUGCACUCAUGUGCCUCGUCAUCUAUAUAAGAUAUUCUCAAGUGAAGGAAUGUACAAGUGCAUUUCGUCUUCAGGCAUCUCUACCAAGAUGGAAUUAUUGGGCCUUAAUUCUUGGCCUAACAACUACUCUAGGUGUUUCGAUAGUUGCAAAUUUUCAAGAGACAUCGGUCAUCGUUGUUCACAUGAUAGGUGCAUUUUUAUGUUUUGGCGGUGGCACCGCAUAUUUUUGGACACAGGCUGUUUGUUCGUUCUACUUGCAUCCGCUCGGAUGUUCUUUAAGAAUGGCCCAUCUUCGAACGGCACUAUCAACAUUUUGCACAUUCUGCUUCUUCGUUAUAUUCAUAACCGGAGUCCUAGCUAGUCUGGCAUAUAAAGGUACGAAUCCUCAAAAAUGGUAUAAAGGUGACGGUGGUUGGGAACUUCACGUUGCUAGUACUGUCACCGAAUGGAUCUGUGCAAUUGCAUUUUGUAUUUAUAUCCUAACGUUCACCGAUGAAUUUAAAGACAUUAGGAUGAGUCAUCCAAAGGUGGGCAGAGGUACCGGUGUCUAUGUGAAUUUGCUUUCUCAUUCGCCAGUAGAUACACCUUGUCCUGGAUAUAGAUAUCGAGAAUACAGGGACGCUCUAUUGGAUGAUGUCGCCCCAUUAAUAGCAACGACACCGCCUAACGAGAGAAGACCCGAUGACCUCUGCCCGGUACAAAUACACGUUCACGAUUCAUCAAUAAGAGAACGACGUCGUCAAGGAUUGGAGAAAAAAAAGGAAUGUGAAGAAAAAACAAACGUUUCUCAAGAAGACGAUACUCGUCGUUGGAUCGACUUGGAUGAGAAUGUCCUUGAUGGUUAUAUCCUAAUCGAUGAUGGUUGUGUCGAAUCGGCGGUGAUUCAUGAAGAAAAAAAUUUUCCCGAUUUCGAUGACGUUGACUUUGGCGAUGACGCCGACAGUCAUGGUAAUUAUGAAUCAAGUAUGUUCGCUGAAGGACCAUGGAUUGGACGAGCUGUCCCUGAUCUCGAUGUUGGUACUACUUAUCCACUUGCCAAUAGUCAUGGCAAUGCUUAUCGAGAGUCUAGCAGUCAUAAUGAAUAUUCAAGAUUGUUUUCUGAAAUUUCUGCUAAAAAAGAAGCUGAGGAUCGUCGUCGUCGUCAAGAAGAUGAUAAUUAUGCUAUAGCAAAUAGUCACGGCGAUCAUAAUCCAUUUGAUAUUAGAGGACAUAGCUGUAGCGGGAGAUUAGAAACGGAACGUCUUUUAUUAUGGAAUGCUAAAACUGACGUUAAUUAUGAAAUAGCAAAUAGUCAUAGUAACUAUCGAGUAUUUUACGAUAGCCAGACGCAACAUCAAGGUAUUCAUCCACACGAAUGGCCUAUUGAAUCUUGGAAAGAUAAAUUAGAAAAAAAUCAAGGUACCAGGGACGAGGGAGAAGAUAAAAGUGAUAAAUCGAAAGAUUCAAGAAAAUCUUCGGUAUCGAAGAAAUUAGAAAACGAGUCUGAGGAUGCUACGUGCGACAUCGAACAAUGUUUGGUACAGAUCGAGGAGAGUCUCUUGAACAUCGAACAAAAUUUACUUCACGUUCAGGACUUAGACUUACCGGAAUUAAGAAAUCUUCUUUAUAAAAGUCCAAGUAUCGAGAGAAGCCUUUACGAAAUGCAAGACCUUCUUUAUACCGAUAGUAUCGUACCGGUUAUAAAAAGAAACAAAUCUUUGUCGUUAGAAUCCGACGAGGAUGAGGACGAGGAUGAGGAAGAGGAUGAAGAAGAUGAAGAGGAGGAAGCUUGGAUGGAAGAAAAAUUAACAGUAAAGGACGACGAUGAUGAAGAUGGUGACGCAAAUCCAUGUCCUUUCGGUGGUUCCAACGAAGAAUCCUCGGACACCGCUAAUCAAGAUGAAAAUAAUCAAUCGAAAUCGAUCGACGAUCAAACAAAUAACGAUUGGGUGAAUGAAAACGCUGAUCUUAAAAAUGAAACAUUAGAAACGAAUUUAACAAAUGAUUCGGCCAAAGCCGUGAAUUUUGUUUUAAACAGUUUAGGAAAGACACCAUCUAGACGUACAGUUCUCGAUGAAAAUAAAGAAAACAUUAGGCUCUGUUGGUCAGAACCCGAAGAUCCUACCGUUGAUUACAAUUUAAAUAAUUCCUAUUUGGAAAAGAAAAUACAUUGUCAGGAUAAAUGUCAUACGAGGACAAAUUCUCUUGAUGAAAAUCCAUCGUUCAAGGAGACAGAAUUGAGAGACAAUUAUAUCAAGAAAUCAUUAGAAAAUAUUUUCUUCGAACACAAAAGCAAUCGAUUGUUAAAAGCUAAGGACAAAGCCAAAUCAGAUGGUACUUUACAGACACGUCGUGAUAGAUCAACUUCAUCCGGUCGAGGUGAACAAAGUAAAAAGAAUAAAGAAAGAAGAAAAAGAAGAUUUUCGAACGAAAAUCGUUUGAUCGGAUUUGACGAUAAAACCGAAGAUUUUCGUAAAAAAAUCGAAAGUAUGGUCUCCCAUCGUAGAUCGACUAUAUCGAUACCGGAUUAUAACAAAAAAUCAACUAAAACCUCGACGGAAUCGAUUGAUAUAGAGAGGUCACGUUCUCGUGAUAGAUCACCGAUCAAAUCGAAAAGGAUAUCAUUGUCGAUGGAAAGAAUUCAUGAAAAGGAUUCGACUGGUGGAAAGGGUUGUGAGAAAAAAAAGAGAAAAAAGGCUUCUGGAAGAACGCAAAAUCAAUCGGAAAAUGCAUUGGUACCUAGCAAAUUGAUAUCGUUGUCCUUGUCUCUUCUAUUGGCAGCACUUUUACAAGCAGUCAGAUGUCUCACCGAUCUCGUUGAGGAUGCCUUUAGAUCUGUCAGUUAUGAUAGAAGUGGCCUGUUGCAAUGAGGACUCGUCGAUGUACCAAAACUAUUCGAAAAAUCUCACAACGGUGACAUCUAUAACGUUGUCCCACCGCUGUCUUCUGAUUCCAUUAUUAAAAAAAAAAAAAAAAGAAAAAAAAAGAGAGAGAGAUAGAAGAAAAAAAAGAAAAGAAAAAAAAUUAUAAAAUUCCCCGAGAUUUUACUGAAAGCGAGAUAAAUCAACGUCAUCGUUAUACUUCUUACUUUCACGUACGUCCGACCAAGUCAUCGCAAUUUUCUCAAUGGACAUAGACAAAAGUGUUUGUUGUUGCUGAAAUAAUAAUUUUCGACGAUACAACGAAUCUAUAUAGGACCGAAUUUGGAUUCGAGUGAUUAAGUAUGAAGUACGAGUGAAAUUCGAUAUUCAUGUGUGCCCUAUGAUCUUCUAAUGAAAAAUGCAAGAAAAAUAAGAGAGAAAAAGAAAAAAAAAAAAAAAAAAAAA